UGUGUCUUGAAUGUAGGGUUUAUGCAUUUGCACAAUUCCAACACUUCAUGCCUGUGACAUCCUACAACAUAACAAUGCAUGAAUGAGGAGAUAUCACUCUAGUGAUAAUGCAGAAGAUAUUCUUAUGAAGUCAUGUACACAGACGCAAAAGUCUAUCUGUGUGGGUUUGUUCAUUUAGUGAAAGCAUCAGAGCAGAAGAUAUAUGUUUAAAGGAUGGAGAUAUGAUGACUGGAGGCACACUGACCCUGUUUGAAGUAUGUUUACACUGAGUGAAGAACACAAUGUUCAUCUAGCUUCACAUCGGAAGAGGCUCUAUAAAUCAGCCACAGCACUGGUGAUUUCAGGAAGGAAACUGGGCCUCAGAGACGCUAUCACAGGUGCCACCGCAAGCUGACAGCAUGUCAAAGCGCUUCACCUGGAGGCCAUAUGGGUAUUUAUGGACCUGAUGCCCUCGUUAUGGAUUUCCACUGCAUGCUUUUAUGCUUUAUAGCAGUUGUAUUGUUAUUUUGUGUGAGCUGCAACUGCACAGAUGAAGAAACCCAUUUGCCAGGUGACCAGGCAGGCCGCUUGAGACACAUGUGGCUGCUCUCAAUGAGGGAUGCAAAGAGGAGAGAGAAAGCAGCCGUGGAUAAGUCUAAUCCAGCUCAAGGUCUCGUCACACAUCAGCUCCUGUAUUGCCGUGUUGGGAUUGGUUUUCACCUACAGAUCCUGGCGAACGGCAGUGUGUGGGGCGUUCAUGAGCCUUCUGAGUACAGCUUGCUGAGAGUGUUUGCUAUGAGGCCGGGCAUAGUGGGUAUCCGUGGUGUGAAGAGUGAACUGUAUUUGUGCAUGAAUCAGGAAGGAAUUGCUCAUGGAAUGAAGAAGUUCUCAAAUGAAUGCCUGUUUAAAGAGAGCCUGGAAGAAAAUCACUACAACACGUAUUCCUCUCUGAGGCACACGGGGUUUUUCCUCGCUCUUUCCCAACAAGGGAAGCUGAGGAAAGGCAUAGGCCGCCACCAGGCCUGCACACACUUUCUUCCUCGCAAACCCUCGUCUCGCUUAACUCUCACCUGACACGUCAUAUCUAACUUGCCUGCGAAUACAUGUAGCUGUGAGCUCAUUUUGACAAACAUAAAUUGUCCCUUCUACUGGACAGAUGAAGAAAGUGUUUGUGAGAAAUUAGCUGUGACCACACCUAAUAGGCAUGUGGUUGAAGUAGUCAGUGCUGCACUAAUUCCAUGACCUGACUUGUGUGUUUAGUGUUAGCGGUUUAGUUAUUUUUGUAUUUUUUUUUUUGCACAGUGUAACCACAUUCUGUCAACAAGAAUUUUUUUAAAUGUUGCAUGCACAACAGUCAUUUAUUUUUAACAUACCGCAAAAAAAAAAAACAUUCCCACAGAUAGACCAAAACUUUCCCUCACUGUUUUUUUUUUUAAAUUUAAAACAUUUUAAUUGUAAAUGACCUGUGA